CUCAAACCUAUUACUCAUUGCCAUGUGGAAAAGUGUUAAAACACAAGGCGAAUUAAGUGUAACAGAUUUGGGACAUAACCAAUUUGAUAUCUCUGUUUCAUGUAAGUCUCUCUCCUAAACUUACAAAAGAUUAUGAGUUUUUCCUCCGGUCAACCUUCACUCUUGAAGUAUUCUUCUAGUCACGAAUUUAAUAAUCCCAACAACACCUCGUCUUCCUAAACUUUUCCUCCAUCUAUAUCAAAAUCACUGUCAAUGCUGGUUUAUCUUCUCUAUAAAAUCUCAGUUCCUCUGCAAAAAAAAAAAACAAAGAUUCGAGUUCUACUCUAACCUUAUCGUUUAGACUCUACUGAUUUGUGCGUGAUGGGUUCUCGAGUUUUGCUUGUUUUUUAUCUUGCAGCAGUAGCUAUUGCAUCAGUGGAAUGCAACUCGGAAGGAGAUGCUCUGAGUGUCUGGAAAUCCAGCUUGGUCGACCCAAACAACGUCCUCCAGAGCUGGGAUCCAACGUUAGUAAAUCCAUGCACCUGGCUCCACGUUACUUGCAAUUCUGAAAACAGUGUUACAAGGGUGGACCUCGGUGAUGCUAACCUGUCAGGACUUAUUGUCCCUGAGCUGGGAAUCUUGGCCAACCUUCAGUACUUGGAGGUAUUUUCCAAUAACCUCUUUGGAUCUAUACCAAAGGAAAUCGGUAACUUGACAAAACUCGUCAGCUUGGACCUUUACCGGAAUAAUCUCACAGGGACAAUUCCGACAUCCUUGGGACACCUCCGUUCCUUGAGGUUUAUGAGGGUCUUUAGCAAUAGUCUGACUGGACCUAUUCCUCGUAGUCUUGGAAAAUUGAAAUCGUUACAGAUCUUGGAAUUAAACAGUAACUUGCUCACUGGCACUAUACCUGCUGAGCUCCUUUAUCUCGUUCGAUUUGGCAACUUGAAUCUUUUCGAUGUAUCAGACAAUCUACUGCAAGGGACUGUACACCGUACCAAUUCAACAGUUACCACAAUAAUACAAGAUCCACAAGCUCGGAAGUAAGUGAAGAUGGGGAAAUGAAUACAGAAUCCCUACAUAAUAUAUCUAUGGAGUGCCUAUAUGUUGUUUACUAAAUAAGAAUUGUGAUUCCUAAUUCCUACAGCCCAAUAAACCUAAACAGAUGUUGUAUAUGUAAAGCUUCAUCGAUAAUCAAUAAAGCCUAUAUAUUGUUUUUGUUGA